AUCGUGGAUCCCAUUUAAAUAGAUACAUAACGUGCACGGCAUAUAAUUUAUAUUUAUUUAAAGUCUGGUGUGCAUAUAUUUGGAGACAGAUAAUGUUUAAUUUACGGCUGGUAAGUGCAUGCCAUUGUAUUCGUAAUUUUCAUGGAUGAAUGUUAGGUAAACGAUUAUCCUAUACUCAAUAGGACAAGUAUUAUUAACGGUUCCUUUGCCUUCAGGUCAGCUCCAGAUUUAUCUUCGAAAUCAUGUAAAUGAUUGGUUUGUGGUUUUUAUUAUCUGUACUUAUCUGCAUCGAUAUUUUGAGAUACGCCUUUUUGUAAUCGACUACAAGCGUGCGAGUGUAAACCAGACACUUGACUCGAAAUAAUUCACAACUCAAGCUUCGUUGUUUUUAAUCGCUAAAGUGCAAUGAGUAUCCUUCGUAGGAUAUCAGUUAUUGCUCUUUGUGUUACGCUUUGCAUCUUCCAGCCAGUAGAUUCGACUGGCAAUUGCGCCCUUCAAAAGGAGGAUGGAAGUACAGUAAGCACAACCGAAUGGAGUUUCGGUAUUACUUUGGAUAACAUAUUGGAUACCCAAGAGAAUGGCACUACGCUUCUUAAUUUUACAAGCAGCAAUAUUGCGAACAUCAGUUCGAUAGUCCCCGAUAGUACAAGUGGCCUGACUUUUAUGGACGCUGUCCUUGACAAUGGUCAAUUGAUCAUCAGUCUCACGGAUAACUUUAUUAAUUAUGAGGAGUAUGAGACCUCUACAAUGAUGAAAGUAACAAUAGCAUUCGUGUGUUCCGUGGAUACGAGAAGUAUAGAAAUUUAUCAACCAGUCAUCGACACGAAUAAUCAUUACCCAGAGUUCCAAGAUGCUCCCUACAGUUACUUCCUGCCUAUGCCUUUUCCUUCAAACUUGCCAUUGCAUUUAUUUAAAAUCAUCUCUGCCAGGGACAUUGAUCUUACCAAUACAAAUAUUUCAUUCGCCUUAAAUAGUUCCGAUCCGAAUGCCGAUGGUUUUACUGCAUCGUGGUUAUCUCAGGAUGACACUGAUACAAAACUUCACUAUGCCAGUCUGAUGACCACGUUACUACUAAAUUUGGCCAGUAACGUCACCUUCAGUAUUUACGCAACGGAUACAGGUACACCGCCUCUCACGUCGGAAACUUCCAUAACUAUUUUCGUGAAUGAGACUAACUCCGUUCCAGUUGCUCCUCAGUUCAGCCUUCCAAUUUAUAUAGCUGACUAUUCUCAUCUCGCGCUGGAGGAGGCAGAUGGAACUUUGCUAAUAUUUGAUCAAGGAAACAUAACGCUCAGUCAAGGUGCAGACAACACAGUGGUUUUCAAUUUGACGAGUCACACUGGAGACUAUGCGAGCCACUUUGAAUUAACCAGCACUAACGAUUAUGCAACACUCUAUCUCACCCUGAGAAAUCCCACCGAGGAACUUCUUCUGGAACCCUUCGUAAUUCUCACACUCUUCGCUACGAGAACUGGUGCUUCCGGCGCAGGAUUAACUAUUCUCCACAUUUCAUUACCCAGCACGCCGUGUUCAAAUUCGCCUGCCACCACGGAUGCUCCUACGUCGCAGGAAUCUACUGAGACGUCAGUUACGUCAGAUCAAAUAAAUACAACGAACACGACCGAUACCACUUACUAUUCUUCCACUAACGAUCCCAUUGUGUCUACGACUUGGAUUACCGAUGAUACUUCGAGUAGCGAGAGCAAUGUCCCAGAUAGUUCGACGGUGUCUACCGUAUCUACAGACAGCUCGAGUUGUCCUGCUUGCACCUGCAACACAGAAUGUCCAACGACGGUAACCUUCGUUACCGAAUCUCCAACCGCAUCUUCAACGGAUUGCAUUUGCGACUACAGCACCAUUACGGGCAGUUCUGAUUUUACAGAUUUUACAGAUUCGUCAGAUUCUACAGUUCCUACUGUUUCAACAGUAACGACGUUCCCAUCUACCGAGUCGACAGAGACCACGCAUUGUCCAGUGAUUACUAUCACGGAAGAAUGUAUUUGUGACGAUACAAGUACCACGAGUACCACGAGUACCACGAGUACCACGAGUACCACGAGUACCACGAGUAGUACAGACGCAGAAUCAGAUUCGACUACGCUCUCUGAUACUGAUCUGGAAUCAACAUCUACAACUUCAUCUACCGAAGAACAAACGGAAGCUAGCACAAUAACGACCGUGGCAAGUCCGACGAUAUCCUUUUCUAAGGGUCUUUAUAGAUUUGAAGAGUCGGCUACAUUCACAGGAACCUUAAUGGUCGAAACUGCAACAGUGACAAACGGAGACGGAACUGUAACCUACAGUACAGUUAUAAACGACGAAUACUUGAACGAGAGGAUCUUCAUUGAUUCCAAUACAGCCGAAUUGCGAGUAACCGCUACCGUAAGUCCAGGGAUCUACACGUUUGAUAUCGUAGCGACUCUCGCGGAAUGGAAUUUAUCUACGAGCUCUACGGUGCUUUUGAUAAUCAGUUCAGUCACCGAAUGCAAUGGAGAGGAAGUCUUUGGAUAUGCACUCCAAGUGAUUGAACUUGAGGAGAAAUCUCCGCAUUCGAAUGUCGUGCCACUCGAUGACAAUGAUUGCAACUACACAAUAUAUUCUCAAUCACCGGACCAGGAUUGGUUCUACUUGGAAUCUGCGACUUUGAAUGCUCGCGAGAUCGAUAGAGAGUCUUCCUACUUUGAGGAUAUGCAUGUCGCUCAAGUUCGCAUCGUAAUGGACAUGACCUGUCCUAAUGAUUCCUCUGAGGCCACUAACGCAGAUUCUGCGAGAAGAAAACGCGACACAGAAUAUGAAGUUAUUACGAGCAGCAUUCCAUAUGUGAGAACAAGAAUGGUAGUCAUUGCAAUUAUAACAGAUAUCAAUGACAAUGCACCGAUUUGGCAUCCGAACACUCCCAGCGUCAUAGGACAUCCUGGCUACAGAUUAUCUCAGCUCGUCCGCGCGCCGUACGUUUACAAAUUUUCCGCUACCGAUCCUGACCUUGGGGAAAAUGCUACUAUAACGUACAGUCUCAAAAAUGAUGCAACGUUUUACAUUCAUCCGAGCGAAGGUACCAUGUACAUUCAGCGUUCAGCUUAUGUGGAAGACGCAGCGGAAGUUAUGCUCUUUGCAUCGGAUCCUGACCAUAGCACUCCUUUUCCAAUAACGAUCAGAUCCCUGGAAAGUUAUCACGUCGCAGUCUACUAUUUCGAGAAUGCUGUUCUCGAGGAUUUGAGUGACAUUAUCGAAGAGAUUAUUGAGAAGGCCGGAUAUUGGAUUGGUACAAUAGACGCGGCCGUGGUAUCUGAUAUGGAUGUUACGAAUUCGACCAUUAUCGGACCCAAGAUAUCUUCGGAUAGUAAUACUUUGUUACGUGUCCUCGUAUACGGACUUCAAAGUGGUGAACCUGUCAGAAGCGCGACACUCGUAGAAUUGGCAGGCGAGCUGUUGCUUUCUUGGAAACUCCUGGAAAAGGACAGCCUGGAUAACAUACUGCUACAAUCUACGUGCGACACAAAUAACCAAGACUUCAGCACACUUGGAUUCUGGAUAACCAUAGGCCUUCAAUUUCUCCUAAUUGCCGUACUCUUUAUGAUCAUUAUUUUUUGCUACUCACGACGUAGGUCCAAAUCAGCGGUGGCACCACUCGAGUCAGUCAUACCUGGCGGGGACGACGAAAGCUACAAUGACAUCUACAAAAAAUCUUCAGCUACGCCUGCCAGGAAUUCAAAGCAAUUGUUAAACGAUGCACAUAAUUUGAAUAACAAUUCGAGCUCCACGGAAGGUCGACGGAAGUCGGUGGCUUUUAAAGAAACAGUUGACGAAAUUGAAGUGGCGAGACUUUGAAUGAUUAUACUCAAUGAGGUAGAAGAAUGCCGGCGAAGAGAGCAUCGUGGAUGCGUGUCAAAUGACAGUACCAAUAAGACUUUAUCAUUGUAAGACAUAUUUCCAUACGCAUAAUUAAACGUAUUAACGAUAAAUUGAUAAGGAAGAACGCGAGAGAAUUUCUCGCGUAGAAGCGAUUGUCGAUUGUGCAACGUAUCCGUUGCGUCGUAAUAAAAUCGAUCGACUGCGUCUCAUUGCUAACGCAAUGCGAGCAUUGGGUGCGUACUUGGCACCUGGUUGCCCUAACGAGAAUUCCAAGUCCUUAUCCACCGAGUAGAAAAAAAAUAGAAUGCACUUGUCCUGCUUGGACUACAAAGAGACCGAUGCAUGUGUAUUAUCGGCUGUUUCAUAUCUAUCGAUUGCAUGUAUGAUUGAUUCGAUGCACGUAGUCAGUUCAUCGGAUGCAAGAUAACGCACUUGCAGUAGUCACACUGUAUACAUCUGAUCUAUCAGUAAAAUAAGAGUCAUGGCGAUUGAUCCAAAAAGAGGAUAAGGAAAUACAUUUGUUACGCCAAUUAA